AUGGUCGACAUACUAACCGACCGCAACGCCUCGCCCGUCCACCGCACCCAAUCCACCAUCGCCCUCGCCGGCUUCCUCAAACCCUGCCGCAGACCCGUCCUCCGCCACCUCGUCGGCGCCGCCUCCUUCGUCCGCUUCGACAGCAUGCGCAAGGGCGAAGCGAGGGAACGCGACCGGGUCGAGGCCCUGCGCCGAGAAGCGGAAGCGGCGUUCGACCUGCACGACUCCGUCGAGCGCUGGAUGCGCGGCGACGACCCCGUUUUCGGCGUCCCGAGCGAACGGUGGAAGGCGCUGCAUCCGCAGAUGAAUUACCAUCUGCAGAGGAUCAAGCACAGGGAGCAGCAUGAGCUGUGGGGACCGUCUAGGUUGGGGGCUUGUAAGGAGAAGGAUAGGGCUACGAUUGCGUUUUUGAACAGUGGAGGAGAUGCGGAAGAGACGCUUUGGUGGCCGUCGGGUUUGGAGGAGGAGUUUUUGAACGCGCUGAUUUGGCAGUGGAAGGGUGAUACAGGUAUUUGA